AUGGCCUCCAGUCAGAGGAACCAAUCCAGUGAGCACUGCAUCCCUCAGGAGGAGGAUCUAUGGACCUCCCCAGACAUAGCUGUCCUUCAGUUGCUGUGCUCUCUGUACCAAGAUAAGAAGCUAAUUAAACUGGUGCCAAUCCUGUUCCGCAAGUUUCAAAACAAGAAGUCUAUCACCAAGUGGGAAAUGCAGAAUAAUAUAGAACCCCGUCACCGCAGGGACUUCUCCCCAUUAUUCAAGGCAAUCUGUGAGUGCAUGUGCCUGGCCUUUGGCAUUGACAUGUGGGAAGUGGAUCCAACUAGGAAAAAAUAUGUCCUUAUGCCCAUCUUAGGCCUCACUUAUAAUGGGAUACUGGGUGAUGAUUUGCAGAGCAUUUCCAAAAUCAACCUCCUUGUAGUCAUCCUCAUCGUCAUCUUCUGGAAGGGAAACCGUAUCAGUGAGGUGGAUUUAAGGGAAUUCCUUAGAAGAAGGGAAAUGUUACCUGAGAGGAAGCGCUUUGUUAUUGGGGAUCCCUGGGAAUUCAUCAAAAAGGAUUUGGUACAGCUACAGUACCUGGAGUAUAGGCAGGUGCCCCAUAGCGAUCCUGCUCAGUACGAGUUCCUGUGGGGUCCAAGGACCCAUGCUGAAACCAGCAAGAUGAAAGUCCUAGAGCAUUUGGCCAAGGUAAACAGUCGCGAUCCCAGGUCCUACACACAUCUCUAUGCCGAGGCUUUGAGAGAGGAGCAAGAGGCUGCCCAUUCCUGUGCUAUGGGCCAGUGA